AGCAUUGAGACCGAUUUUAUUGAAAUUGAGCAGUUGGCUCAACAGGCAUCAAGAAAGAGGACCUUCUGGCAAAAGCUAUUGGACUGUGAGUUCGAAUUAGAGUUCAAGGACAAGAAACAUAUGGUCUGGCUCUUGGGAGCAUUUGCUUCUGCUGCCGGAAUACUUUCUGGAGUUGACCAGUCAAUUAUUAGUGGUGCAUCCAUUGGAAUGAAUACUGCUUUGAAGUUAACUGAUCACCAAUCCUCACUUGUCUCGAGUCUUAUGCCAUUAGGUGCCAUGGCAGGCUCUAUGAUGAUGACUCCAUUAAGUGAGUAUUUUGGAAGAAAGAAGGCGAUCGUUAUUUCUUGUCUUUGGUACUCCCUCGGAGCUGGACUCUGUGCUGGAGCCAAUUCUCAUGAGAUGAUGUUUGCAGGUAGAUUUAUUCUUGGAAUUGGUGUUGGAAUUGAGGGAGGUUCUGUUGGUAUUUAUAUUGCUGAAUCAGUGCCAGCUCAUGUUCGUGGUAAUUUGGUUUCUAUGUACCAGUUCAAUAUUGCCUUGGGAGAAGUUUUUGGUUUUGCAAUUGCCGCAAUAUUCUAUGACAUUCACGGUGGUUGGAGAUAUAUGGUUGGAUCUUCCUUGGUUUUCUCUACAAUCUUAUUUAUUGGUUUGCUCUUCCUACCAGAAUCUCCUCGUUAUUUGAUGUACAAGGGGAAGGUAGGAGAAUCCUAUAAUGUCUGGAAGAGAUUAAGAAAUGCUGAUGAUGAAAGCAGUAAGGUAGAAUUCUUGGAGAUGAGACAUAAUGCAAUCAUUGAUGAAGAUAGAAGAGCUCAUGAAAGCAAAUUUCAAGUAUGGAUGGACCUUUUCACAAUUCCAAGAAAUAGGCGUGCUUUAUUCUAUGCUGUUCUCAUGGUGUCUUUUGGUCAAUUAACUGGUAUUAACGCUGUCAUGUAUUAUUUGUCAACGCUUAUGCACAAGAUCGGUUUCAAUAUUAGGGCAUCAGUCUUCAUGUCACUUGUUGGAGGUGGAUCACUAUUAAUUGGUACAAUUCCAGCAAUUUUAUGGAUGGAUAGAUUUGGCCGUCGUGUUUGGGGAAUGAAUAUUAUUGGGUUUUUCAUUGGUUUAGUUCUUGUCGGUGUCGGCUAUAGAUUCAAUUCAGUUACUCAAAAAGAAGCUGCUCUUGGAGUCUAUCUUACUGGACUUAUUUUGUAUAUGUCAUUUUUUGGUGCUUAUGCAUGUUUGACAUGGGUGCUUCCUGCCGAAUCGUUUUCUUUGUCGACUAGAUCUGUUGGUAUGACAAUCUGUUCUACAUUCCUUUAUCUUUGGUCUUUUACCGUCACUUAUAAUUUCACCAAGAUGCAAAACGCUUUCACCUAUACUGGGUUAACUUUAGGCUUCUAUGGUGGUAUCGCUUUCAUUGGUUUCAUCUACCAAAUUUUGUUCAUGCCUGAAACUAAGGAUAAGACUUUGGAAGAAAUAGAUGAUAUAUUCUCCAAGUCUUCUUUCCAAGUUGCUAGAGAAAAUAUUAGUAACGUGAAAAGGUUCUGGGGUUUCAGCUAG